AUGAAUACCGCUGAAAGUAGCCGGCGCUGGGACCGGCGGGACUCUAGGUUUUCAAAGAAGCAGAAACUCACACUUAACUCCGAAGAACAGCUCGAAUCCAAGCUAGGAUUCGAUGUUUUCACUGAAGGAGAUAAACGACUCGGCUGGCUUCUUACUCUUGCCUCUUCGUCAUGGGAGGAUCAGGAGACUCGCAAAGUGUACAGUUGUGUCGAUCUUUAUUUUGUUUGUCAGGAUGGUUCAACAUUCAAAGCAAAGUACAAAUUCAGGCCAUAUUUUUAUGUGGCAACAAAGGAUAAAAUGGAAAUGGAUGUUGACUCAUAUCUGAGAAGGCGAUACGAAUCUCAAAUCGCAGAUAUUGAAGUUUUAGAGAAAGAGGAUCUUGAUCUUAAAAACCAUCUGUCUGGCCUACACAGAUCAUAUUUAAAGAUAUCAUUUGACACUGUCCAACAGUUGAUGGACGUGAAGCGUGAUCUAACACACAUUGUUGAGAGAAAUCAAACGAAGUUUGAUACAAUAGAAGCAUAUGAAUCUAUACUGACGGGGAAAAGCAAGCAGCGAAGUCAAGAUUUUAUAGAUUAUAUCACUGAUCUACGUGAAUAUGAUGUCCCCUACCAUGUUCGCUUUGCCAUUGACAUUGAUGUUCGAUGUGGUCAGUGGUAUGAUGUGAGUGUAUCUAGCUCCGGUGUUGUGUUGGAGAAGAGGACUGAUCUCUUGCAGCGAGCUGAAGUUCAUGUUUGCGCCUUUGAUAUUGAAACCACAAAGCUUCCUCUUAAAUUUCCUGAUGCCGAAUAUGAUUCCAUAAUGAUGAUCUCAUACAUGGUUGAUGGCCAAGGCUAUCUCAUUAUUAACAGAGAGUAUGUUGGGGAAGAUAUUGAGGAUAUAGAGUAUACCCCAAAACCAGAAUAUGAAGGGCAUUUUAAAGUGACAAAUGUGAAAAACGAGGAAGGGCUCCUUAGGCACUGGUUCGCACACAUGCAAGUGGCGAAGCCUGGUAUCUAUGUAACAUAUAACGGUGACUUCUUUGAUUGGCCAUUUGUUGAGACAAGAGCUACUCAUUAUGGCUUGAGCCUCAAGGAUGAGCUUGGGUUUUCCUUUGACAAGAAUCAAGGGGAAUGUCGUGCUAAAUAUGCUUGCCAUCUGGACUGUUUUGCUUGGGUCAAACGUGAUAGUUAUCUUCCUCAAGGAAGCCAAGGUCUGAAGGCUGUAACGAAGGCCAAGUUGGGUUAUGACCCUCUAGAAGUCAAUCCUGAGGAUAUGGUUCGCUUUGCAAAGGAAAAACCACAGAUGAUGGCUUCAUAUUCUGUUUCAGAUGCUGUUUCAACAUACUACUUGUACAUGACUUAUGUUCAUCCCUUCAUUUUCUCCCUUGCAACCAUAAUACCCAUGCCGCCAGAUGAAGUCUUGCGCAAAGGAAGUGGGACUUUGUGUGAAAUGCUUCUUAUGGUUCAGGCUUAUAAGGCAAAUGUUAUCUGUCCAAACAAGCACCAGUCUGAUCCAGAGAAGUUUUAUGGUAGUCAACUCCUUGACAGUGAGACAUACAUUGGUGGUCAUGUGGAAUGCCUAGAAAGUGGUGUAUUCAGAUCUGACAUCCCAACCAGUUUUAAACUCGAUCCCUCUGCCUAUGAGCUAUUGAUCAGCAACCUUGAUAGAGAUCUGCAGUAUUCUAUUGUAGUUGAGGGGAAGAUGGACUUGCAGUCUGUCACAAAUUAUGAUGAAGUGAAGAAUGCCAUCAUGGAAAAGCUAAUGAGCUUACGAGAUGAUCCUUUAAGGGAAGAAUGCCCCCUCAUAUAUCAUCUUGAUGUAGCUGCCAUGUAUCCAAACAUCAUACUUACAAAUAGGCUUCAGCCACCAUCAAUAGUAUCAGAUGAGAUAUGCACUGCAUGCGAUUUUAAUCGUCCUGGCAAAAAGUGUCUCCGGAAGCUUGAAUGGGUUUGGCGUGGUGAAAUAUACAUGGCAAAAAGGAGUGAUUAUUACCACAUAAAGAGACAACUCGAAUCUGAACUUGUUGAAGUAGGAGAUGGUCAACGAUCAAAGUCUUUUCUUGAUUUGCCUAAAGCAGAACAACAAGUAAAGCUCAAGGACCGUUUAAAGAAAUACUGUCAAAAGGCAUAUAAAAGAGUUCUUGAAAAGCCGGUCACAGAAGUUCGAGAAGCAGGGAUCUGCAUGCGAGAAAAUCCUUUUUAUGUUGAUACUGUACGGAGUUUCCGAGAUAGGAGGUAUGAAUACAAAGGGCUCAAUAAAGUUUGGAAAGGUAAGCUGUCUGAAGCAAAGGCUAGUGGAAAUUCCAUAAAGAUUCAAGAAGCACAGGACAUGGUAGUUGUGUAUGAUUCAUUGCAGCUGGCUCAUAAAUGCAUUUUGAACUCCUUUUAUGGUUAUGUCAUGCGCAAGGGUGCGAGAUGGUACUCAAUGGAGAUGGCUGGAGUUGUCACAUAUACUGGUGCAAAAAUCAUUCAGAAUGCUCGAUUGUUGGUUGAAAAAAUUGGAAAGCCCCUCGAAUUAGACACAGAUGGUAUUUGGUGUGCAUUACCAGGCUCUUUCCCGGAGAAUUAUACCUUCAAGACAAAAGAUCCAAAGAAGAAGCUGACAAUAUCUUAUCCUUGUGUAAUGCUGAAUGUUGAUGUGGCAAGAAACAAUACCAAUGAUCAGUACCAGACGCUCAAGGACCCCAUCAAUAAGACAUAUACAAUACACAGUGAAUGCUCAAUUGAGUUUGAAGUGGAUGGACCAUAUAAGGCAAUGAUUCUUCCCGCUUCCAAGGAAGAAGGUAUUCUAAUAAAGAAGCGAUAUGCAGUUUUCAAUGAUGAUGGUACACUUGCCGAACUUAAAGGUUUUGAAAUUAAACGUAGAGGUGAGCUAAAGCUCAUAAAAGUAUUUCAGGCUGAGCUUUUUGAUAAGUUCCUCCAUGGAUCAACCUUAGAGGAAUGCUAUUCAGCAGUUGCUGCUGUGGCAGAUCGGUGGCUUGACCUGCUUGAUAAUCAAGGCCAAGAUAUUGCAGACAGUGAGUUGCUUGGAUAUAUAUCUGAAUCAAGCACAAUGAGCAAGUCCCUAGCCGAUUAUGGUGAACAAAAGUCAUGUGCAGUAACUACUGCUAAACGGCUUGCUGAUUUUCUAGGGGAUGCGAUGGUCAAAGAGAAAGGAUUGCUUUGUCAAUAUAUUGUUGCAUGUGAGCCAAAGGGAACCCCAGUAAGUGAACGUGCUAUUCCUGUUGCAAUAUUUGAAACUAAUGCUGAGAUCAUGAGGUACUAUGUCAAAAAGUGGUGCAAAAUAUCAUCGGAAAUCGGAAUACGCUCCAUUAUUGAUUGGUCUUAUUACAAGCAACGACUCAGUUCAGCAAUUCAAAAGAUUAUCACAAUUCCUGCUGCAAUGCAGAAGGUUUCAAACCCUGUCCCAAGGGUGGUUCAUCCUGAUUGGCUGCAUAAGAAGGUUCGUGAAAAAGAAGACAAAUUUCGCCAACGAAAAUUGAAUGAUAUCUUCAGUUCAGUGAACAAAGACGACACAAUGGCCAGUAAACAUUCUAAAAAUCAGCAAAAUUUUGAAGACCUGGAAGACUUUAGACUCAGUGGUAAAUCGUCUAUAUUUGGUCCAAGGCCCGUUGUUCAUCGUCAUGGAGUCAACAAAGAACAUCUAGUGAACACUAGUGAUCGAUUGGACAGUCAACAGCAAAAUGGUCAAGCUAGCAGUCCAUCCAAGAUGUUACCAUCACAAGAAAUUGCUGAUGUGGAAGAUAUUGACAGGAAUGUAGAUUAUCAUGGAUGGCUACAACAAAAAAAGAGAAAAUGGAAAGAGAUUCGUGAAGAAAGGAAACGCCAAAGGUUGGAUACGUCGAGUACAGUAAACCAUGUUAAUGGCAGUACUGACAUGUUUCAUAGCAUGGCAAAUCGCAAAUGUCAGGGUAAAACUGGGGUUAAUUCCUACUUUGAGCGACACGAGUUAGCCUUCACACGUAAUCACUGGCAGAUAGUUCAGCUUGAACCGACUUCACAACAUGGACAAUUUUUUGCAUGGGUAGUUGUGGAAGGAGUCAUGCACAAAAUUUCAGUAACUAUCCCCAGAGUGUUUUACCUCAACUCCAAAGCUCCUAUAACUGAGGAAUUUCCUGGAAGACGUGUCAACAAGAUUCUUCCUCAUGGACGCCAUAGCUAUAAUUUAAUUGAGGUCACUAUUGAUGAGGAUCAAUUCAAGUCAGAAAGCAAAAAGCUAGCAGCUCACCUUGCUGACCCAGAAGUGGAGGGAAUAUAUGAAGCAAAGGUUCCGUUAGAGUUCAGUGCUAUUCUUCAGAUGGGUUGUGUUUGUAAAGUUGAUAAAGCAACUAAGAAAAGGAAUCCACAAGAUGGUUGGAGUUUGAGUGAGCUGCAUAUGAGGACAACAACUGAGUGCCCGUAUUUGGAGCAGUCAAUAGCUUUCUUCUACUUAUAUCAUAGUGUAUCGGAUGUACGAGCCAUUUUUGUGGGACAUUUUCCUGCGUCCAAGAUGAUACAUGUUGUGGUUGUUAAUCCAUUUCAAAACAAGGAAUUAUCACAAAACGUUCUCGAAAGACAUUUUCAUGAAGCUUGCCGAACAUUCUCUGGGCAGCCUAUCACACAAAAGGAAGGUAUUAGUUUCAAGUUGGAUUAUGUCGGGUACAUCAAGGAUGCUGAGAGGAUUCUACAGAGAGCAGUUAAUGAGCAUAGGCAUCAUGGACCUGCAGUUGCCAUGAUCGAGUGCCCUAAUGCCCAUUUACUGAAGUCUGGCAUACGGGCUUUGGAGGAUUUUCCUUGCAUCAGUAUCCCUUGUAAUGCUCGGGAUAGUCAAUAUCAGGCACUAGGUUGGCAAAAUGUAGCAGCAAAGAUUGGAAUGCAGCGAUGCGCGACAUCCUCCCAGUGGUUAAAUGAAAGGAUCUCUCUCUCAAGAUAUGCCCAUGUUCCCAUAGGGAAUUUUGAUGUUGAUUGGCUCAUGCAUACAGCAGAUAUCUUCUUUUCCAGAGCACUUCGUGAUCAGCAACAGGUCUUGUGGAUAUCUGAUAAUGGAAUCCCCGACUUAGGAGGCAUAAAUGAUGAAGUAUCAUCGUUUAUGGAUGAGGUGAAUCAACCAGUUCUUACUUAUCCUGGUGCAUAUAGAAAAGUUACUGUUGAGCUGAAGAUUCAUCAUCUGGCUGUUGAUGCUCUACUGAAAAGCAACCAAGUAAAUGAAAUGGAAGGAGGCACUCUGUUUGGAUUGGACCAGGACUUGAACCCUACGGCGAAUUUUACUAAUGAACAGUACUUCUUUGACGCAACAACAUCCUGUGCACCAGCAUUUCGUGUACUUAAGCAGUUGAUUCAAAGGUGCCUUACAGAUGCAGUAACAUCAGGAAACAUAUUUGCUGAUGCCAUGCUGCAACAUUUGUACCGAUGGCUCUGCAGCCCCCGAUCUAGACUGCAUGACCCAGCUCUUCACAGUAUGCUUCACAAGGUUAUGCAAAAGAUGUUUGCAUUGCUUGUGGCUGAACUCCGAAAAUUGGGUGCUGCUAUUGUGUUUGCCGACUUCUCAAAAAUCAUUAUUGACACUGGGAAGUCAGAUAUUUUUGCUGCCAAAGCCUACUGUGAUAAUGUUAUUAAAAAUGUACAAUCAAGAGAAUUGUUUGAGUGGAUUGAACUUGAGCCGUUGCAGUUUUGGCACUCAUUGCUUUUCAUGGAUCAGUACAAUUAUGGCGGAAUUCAAGCUAGACAUAGUGAUGAACCUUUAGAAGUUAACUCAGAACCAGGUGAAGAAAGUGUUUGUGGUGAAUCUCAAGUUGAUAUCGUGUCAAGCUGGAACAUUGCAGAAAAUUUACCGAAGGCAACUCAGGAUCACUUCAUUUUGAUUGUUUCGGAGUUUAUGUAUGGUCCAUGGAAAUAUGCACAAGAACAAGCUACACAUCGAGCAUCUACUAGCGAUGGUGAUUUAUGUACACCAUCAAUCACUGCUGCACAUGCUGAAACAUUUGAUUUGCAAAUGGCAGAAGAUCUAAAGAAGAAGAUUGGAACUUACUUCACUGACAAACUUCUGAAAAUUGUUUGUGACCCUAAUCUUCAAAUGAAAGCGAUGGACAACUCUCAGAAGAUCCAGGAGACACCAGAUGCAAACUCACAAUCUAUUAGCCAUGUCCAAAAGGGGGAUCCAGCUUUAGAGUUCAUUAAGCAUGUCUGUGCAGUUUUGGCCCUUGACCAGAAUGUGCAGCAUGAAGUUCUGAUCAUGAGGAAAAAUUUAUUAAAACUUGUUCGUGUGAGGGAAUUCGCUCCGGAGGCAGAAUUUCGUAGUCUUUCUGUAUCAUAUACCCUUCCAAAUGUCAUUUGCAGUUACUGCAAUGACUGCAGAGACCUUGACUUGUGUCGAGACAGAGCUUUGAUUUCUCAGGAGUGGCGUUGUGCUGUGCCCCAGUGUGGGCAACCUUAUGAUCGUGAAACAAUGGAAAAUGCUCUUGUUCAAAUUGUUCGACAGAGAGAGAGGCUAUACCACCUUCAGGAUCUAGUAUGCCUAAAAUGUCACCAGGUUAAAGCUGCACAUUUAUCAGAUCACUGUGCUUGUGCCGGAUCAUUUAUCUGCAAGGAAGAUGUCUCAGAUUUCCGCAAUAAAAUGCAAGUCUUCUUGAACAUUGCCGUAAAUCAAAAGUUCCAAUUGCUCGAAGAAUGUACUUCUUGGAUUUUGGAAGCCAGAUAACUACAAGUAUCAGAUAAGUUCACCUCAUUAUCAUUGACAAAUCGUUUGAGCACUUAACAUUCACUGGCUGCUCUGCGAGGUGCAAGGCUGCGUCAUGGCGUCCAAAACAAAGAUUUACUUUUUAUUGACACACAAUUACGUCCAGGUAUUCGAGGAGUCUUUGAAAUGAGAGCUGAUCUGUUUUAGAAAUUCAGCUCUCUGCAUGGGCUUACGCCCUCGAGGAGUGCCAGUUAUCUAUACAACUGCACCCUUUCUUCGGAGAGGAAAAAAAAAGAUUCGUAUUGCAUCGGUAUACCCAUCCUUAGUUCCAGAUUUAGUGGUUUGGUGGGGAACUGAUUGCUAUAUACAGAAAGCAUGCAGAUAAUAAUUACUAAUAUGUGGCCACCAAUUCAACAUCUUAACAAGAUUUUCUGUAUCAUGCACUAGAAAUAUUCGUCUUUUUUUUUAAUUUAUGCUACAAGAGUUGAGCUGUAUGAUGUUCAUAUUGCAAGAACAGUGAAAAUGUACAUAGUCAUCUUUCUUUUACUUUUUGAUUAGUAAACGACGAUGAACCUAACUGUAUCAGACCUUGUUGGUUGUUAAAAUUAGGUGUAAGUUGAAAUCAAACCAAACAAUUCAUGAGAUUUCCAUACUCAUGUGGCUCUAUUCUAUAUAUAGUUUAUGGAACGACUCACUAAUCUAUUUCUUCAUGCA